CUUGUCAAUGUCAUUAAUGUCAAUUCCUCAGUACCAGUAGUAAUAACAAUUAUUUAUCAAGAGCAAAAUGUGAAAUUUUAAAUAAAUACAAGUGUAGUGUUUAAGUUUUUAUUUUUUAAAAUGGCUUAUGUUAACGUUAAAGACUGGUCUGUGGACCAAGUCACAGAUUGGCUGAAAGGUUUAGAUAGCGUAAUUUUACAAUACAAUUCAUCGUUCUUGAACAAUGGUGUAACUGGUCAUCAGUUACUGAACUUGAGAGCUGAUGAUUUGGAACAUUUAGGUGUUAAGAUGCUAGGACACCAAGAAAUUAUCUUGGAGGCUGUAGAACAUUUAAGGAAUUUUCACUUUGAAUUAGACAAAGAAAAUUUACAAACACUAGCUCUUAGGCUGUCUUGUGCAGCAAAUUCCUUAUACAAGGAGCUUUUGCUUAUAGAUGACAAUUGUACUGAACUGCAUACUCAAGUUAUGUCAGAUGUCCAUAAUAUCAUCACUACUAUAAAACCUUUAGCAUAUUGGCUAGACCGGUCACCAUUUGCAGGAGAUAAGGAUUAUAUCGAUAAUAAAACAAAUCUUUUGCAAUUAGGGUUCGAAAUGGCUACAAGCGCGCAUAGAGGAAUAUUUUCCGAAAAACCUGUAUGUACUAUUAGAAAAAAUUGUGAAAAACUAGCUAAAAUUGCAGACCAUAUUAUACAGGAAAUCGUCGAUCCGAUGAUAUUACAACCUGCUUCCUUAGAUUUAGCUACAUUAAAAAAGAAAGAACAAGAGCUAGGAUUUUUUAUCUUGCCGAAUUACCAGUCGAUACAUCAAAUAGCAGAAAUCAAACAUGGUUCCCCAGCACACGGCAGUUCUAAAAUUGAAGAGGGUGACGAAAUCGUGCAGGUGAACUACCAGACUGUAGUCGGCUGGCAAAGGAAGAAAGUGAUGAUGCUACUACAAGAAUCGCCACCGGAGAUAGUGUUAACGUUGAAGAAACGACCAAGACAUACGAAGGUCUACGGUCAGAUAUAUAUGAAACCAUAUCGCUUACCAAGUAGGAAAAGAAACGGCCAAAACUGGUCUACGAGAUGGAACGAGAACAUCCCGUCUCCCAGGCUGCUUCCUAUUAUCAAUUUACCACCCAUUACUAUAUCCAAAAGUGAAGAUGAAGCUGAAGUUGCCGAUGCUGAAACAGAAUUGAGCAGUAGUGAUAGCGAACCUCCAGACAGUCCGCUGGAUUCCAGUUGCCGUAUGUAUCCUUUGAAGCCUAGGCCUAUUUUACAGCGACGAAACACCAUAUCGGGUGGUACACCGACGAAUAAAAGAGCUCAUCCGUCCAUUGAACAGUAUUGGGAUUUCAUCAAAUCGCGCACGAACAAUUCCCAUUCCAGUACUUACAACAUUGACAGUUCCAAGUUCGAAGAAGAUUCCAAGUUUUUGAGAGACAAAAGUGCUUCCUGUAACGUAGGUUUAGACUUAACUCCUCGACCAACCACCGUCAUCGGUUUGGCACAUACGAACAGUUCGGCACAUCGGAAGAAUCCCGCCAAAGAAAAAUCGCACAAAAAGAAAGUGAAUUUCCAGGAGGAGAAGAAGGUCGAAGAUAAAAAGGAGAAAAAGCAAGAAGAGGAACUCGAUAAGAAACACAAAGAGGAAAAAUUGCUGGGUCCUUCCAAUUUGGAUACCGAGAAAAGUAUUAGUGUUGCCAGUUUGGCGAGUUUAAACAAUGAGAAUAUUUCGUUCAUUGACGAAGGAAGAGAAUUGACUGAUCGCACAAGCAUGACUCUAGACUACUGGAAAAAAGAAAUAGUCGAUGAAAUAAUAGACACAAUUAAAAAUAAGACGAUCGUAGAAGAGAAACCAAGAGUUGUGCUAAUACAAGAAGAAAUGACUAAAGAAGAGUUAUCUGUCAUACCAGAAAAAGAUGAAAAUACGAGAAUUGAAUCGAAUGAUAUUAAAUCUAUCAAUGAUAAAAAUGAAAAUAAAUCUACUUCAACCGCGAUUAAAGACCCCAUUCUUUCUGAAAUAAAUAUUCAUAGCAUUAUCAAAAAAUUCGAUGAACAAAAGUUAAACACACCGAAAAAACCAGUAAUACUACCUCGUACCCAAAUAAAAAAGUCCCCAGAAGUACCACCUAAACCCGAAGGUAAAGUUAAACCGGCAGUACCACCUCGAAGUGCUACAACCAAGCUCAGAGGCAAGCUGGACAAGAGUCACAGCACACCUGCUUAUGAUCUCUCCGAAGAACCAGAGGUACCACCUAUGAAUCCUUUAGAGAAACCUAAAGAAGUGACCAAAGAGAUUAUCAGAGAAAUCAAAAUAGUUAAGGAAGUCAAAGAAAUUCGAGAAACUAAGGAAGUUAUCAGAGAGGUAGUGAAAAUUGAGAGUAUACCUUUAGCUGAGUCUGUUAAUCAAUUAGGGAUUCCUGUUGUUGAGAUGUCAAACUUGCCAGUUGUCUUCAAAGAUGACGUUGUUAACGGAGACGACCUAUCGAAUGAGGUUAAAGUAUCAGAAGUUCCUCCGAAGCCGCCUCCAAGAAACGUGACUGACCUGCCAAAACCAGCUUACCCAGCAGAUUCGCCAAAGCCACAAAAUCUGCUAAACUUAUCAAAAACACCAAACGAACUCCAUCAAUCAAAACCAGUGUUUGAAUUUCCUGAACCUCCUCCUCCUACCAACUACGGUCAAAUGGAGGUAAGGAACGUUGUAGAAGAGAAGGUUUCAGCUAAGCAUUUUGAGCCGAGGAUGAUGUCUACGCCUACGGGGAAAGGCCGAAUGGACUACGAAAGUGAUGCGGCAUAUUAUAAGGCUACACCGCCCAGUUAUGAGAUUCAAAAAAGCGCAAGCGAGACUAAAGUGUCGCCUACUAAUAGUAUUGUUAAGGGAUUGAUGUCGGGGAAGAAGGCCGGAAAGAAAAAAAGCACUUUAACAGCAAAAAGAAGAAAAGUUACUGUAAACGAUCUUAGCCCAGCGGAUAUUCAAGGAUAUUUAUUUCAACGAUUAAGAGGUAAACAUAACCAGAAUGUGCACUGGGAGAAGAGAUGGUUUGUAUUGUUGGGAAGUUGUUUGUACGGCUUUAAAGCGAAAGAAGAUCCCAAAGCCGCUUGCCUUAUUUUUCUGUCAGGGUUUACAGUUGCCUUGGCCAGUGAAGUUAAAUCCAGAUCACAUUCCUUUAAAGUAUAUCACACAGGUACGGUAUUCUAUUUCUCGGCCGAAGAUCCAGACACGCUCCAAUCAUGGAUAGACUUAAUUAAAACAGCUACACUAGUAAAUGAUAAUCAGAAAAACCAGGAAUCUAGUCUUUAUUCAGAAACCGACGAGUCGGAUACCGAAAGGCUAAAGAUUCCCGUAGAGAAAUCGGAUUCUCUGAAAAAAUUUGGGUCGCUGAAGAAAUUUACUUCGAAAAAAUCCAGCUCAGAUGCUAGUCCCAAUGGAAGUACCAGUCUUGAUAGGAAAUGGUUUUUUAAUAAGUCCAGUAGUCAUAGGAAAGAUUCCGUACCAGUACCUACAGCCCAGUUUCGAUCUUACAGAAAGAUCCGCACAAAUGACAGUCAAUCCAGUGUUACCACAGGUAAUUUUACCUCUCACGUUCAGUUAUUUGGGUCUCAAAAUCUUGCCAAUCCACAAAAUGUUAGUGUUCCUAAUCUGUCGAUGGAAAGUAUUAGGCCCGAACUUUGCCGGGAACUUCCAAAAUGCAGAUUGUUGGAUCCAUUGUCUUUAUUGGCAACUGCAAGAUCAGAUCCCAGGUUCAAGAGUAUUUGUCUUGGUGACAGCGUGUUAAGAAAUAAUCUCCGGGAUGCUUUGGACAUUGAAAGACGUCAGGCCGAAGAAAUUAUCCGGAAUCCUUCAAAAUCAAUAACUAUUUCCAGGGAGGAUAGAAAAAGAGUCUUUGCAGCCAAUGUUGCCAAGAAAAUCACCAGGAAACCUGUAAAUUUAAAACAAAGUUUGGAGGUACUUAAGAAAAAACCGAUGAAAACAGAAAAUAAAAAGAAAAACCAAUGUCUAUCCGCUGUUAAGAAAGUUUUUAAUUGUAGAAUUUAA